CUGGACUACCUGCGUAUGUCUACUAACAGCAUUUACGUGCCGUUGAACCCUAGGGGACGAAAAAUCAGACUUCUGGAGCUGCAGCCAGGGCAGUGGGACGACACUAUCAGUGUGAACCUCAUCGAGAGCACAAUUGGAGAUGGUACUGACUACAUCACCAUCUCCUACACCUGGGGCAGCGUUGAUGUUGCCAGGCAAGUUCUCGUACGGUGCAAUGGAGUAAACUAUUCGAUAAGCGAAAAUCUCUUCACUAUACUCCGCCGGUUGCGCUGGUCGCAUGGUAAAGCAAUUCUUGUCUGGGCGGACGCUUUAUGCAUAAACCAGACUGAUACGACAGAGCGCACGCAUCAAGUUGGACUUAUGGGCGAGAUCUACAGAAACAGCUCUGAGACUGUGAUAUGGCUUGGAGAACAAAGCCCUCAGGAUGAUGUGGGCUCUCGCUUCCUAGAUCGAAACACCAGCUCGCAUGCCAUAAUGACGAGUAGUCCAAUUCAGAUAGCCUGGAAGGGAAACAGUCGGGACCAAGAACUUCUUCAAGCGUAUCUCUUGGACCAGGAAGAGGAAAGCUGGCAGAACGAUGUGUUUGGGGCCUUUUGUCUCAUUUCAAGUAUUGCAGAGGGUACCAGCGAUUCCAUGUUCAAACUAUUUGACAGUCGACCGACGGAUACGCGCCAUCCCUUUUUAUAUCUCAUGGACAUGCAAAAUUCGAAGGCAUCAAGAAUUUUAAGUGGUUUGCAGAGGUUGAUCAGUUCACCUUGGUGGCGAAGGAUCUGGGUGGUUCAGGAAACUGUCUUGGCUCGUAAAGCAACUGUACAAUACGGCAUACUUUCAGCUCCUUGGACCAUGUUGGCAAAGGCUGCGACUCGUUGGGCACAAGACCAGCAUUCACUCUGCUUGGAUCUCUCCGGGACUUUCCAAGGUCACGGAGUUCUGAACAAGUUCAGUACCGCAGUUCUCCAGUUUAACGAGACGCGCAAUGAUCAUCAAAGCUCGGCACAGGACUCCACCUUGCUUUCAUUACUCUGGAAAUUUCGACCGCUGGAGGCAACUGACAAACGCGACAAGGUCUAUGCACUGCUUGGAAUGACGACGAACUGGCAAGGUCGGCCGCCUAUGACGCCCGAUUACAGUAUCAGCGCGAGCGCAGUUUUCCUUCGAACGACUAUAAACAACAUUCACAGAGCGCAAUCACUCACGGUUCUUGCUGGCGACCUCGAAGCUAUACUUAACCGUAAAAGUAUAGCCGAAAUGCCUUCAUGGGUCAUGGAUUGGUCGCUACCAUGCCUUUCCCAGGAGGUAUCCAGAGUCGCUUCACUCAAUCUAUAUAAUGCGGAUGGAGGCCUGACUGGCCCUGUGCGUACUCACCGAAAAGAUCCCAUUCUCGAAAUUGAAGGCGUCUACCUCGACCCCGUUGUCGUUGUGGGGAAUGUCAGUCGACAUACGCAGGUCAGCGACACCCACGCCGUACUCCGUGAGUGGCGCUUAUUGUCGCGGGCACAAGAGCAAAAGCGUGGACGCUACCCCGUAACUUGGGACACCUACGAAGACGCCUUUUGGCGCACCCUCAUCGGCGACCAAGUCUACGACAAUUCCAACAUAGACAGCCAUCAUCUCCCCGCUCCCUACGACGAGAACUCAUUCCACGUCGACACAAGCAUGGACGAGAACAGGACAGGCCAGCCCAACCGUCGUCGCGCUACCCCAGAUGACGAGAACUCGUUCCGCGCCUGGCACAUGUGGUCGCGCUGCAUCACCCGCGACACCAUCGAUCGCCGCGCCUUCCUCUCUGAACGGGAUCUCUCCGAAGGCAUCUCAUCCAUCCACUACGCGCUCAAGACCACAACCGCAUCACGUCGCUUCUUCAUCACACAAAGCGGAUUCAUGGGGAUCGGGCCGCGGACUACGAGGAUCGGAGACGAGGUGUAUGUCGUUAAGAAUAGCCGUGUACCUUUCCUGCUUAGACGGCGGUUUGAACGUCGUCGUGCGUUCCGCGAGAAGGAUUGGUAUUCGUUGAUCCGAGGUCACAGCUCUGGUCCUGCUAUAAAACCAGAUAAAGCAUCCAAGGAGAAGAAGCUGUGUCAUCGGUUGGUUGGGGAUUGUUUUGUGUAUGGGGUUAUGGAUGGUGUUGUGCUUGAGGAUCCGGACGUCAAAGUUGAGAAGCUAUACUUGGUUUGACGGCACGUCUGUUCCUCCUCCGCUUCUCUCCUUUCAACCUUCUUUUUCUUUCCCGCGGGACUGGUCUCGCAAGUGGGGAACGUAUCUAAAGUAGUAAUAUUUUUUCUUGUUUAGAUACCCCUAUUCCUAAUCGUAAUUCUACAUUUAUUCUAAGCUGAUUCUGAGUUGUAAUUCCGCAUUUUUUUUUUGGUUUUUGAGUUGGAGUUUAGGUAAUCCUACACACAGCGAUGGGUUACAACGAGGAAAAUACCAAAAUAACGAGCGAUUAAUAAAAGGACUGUAAUUCUGCAUACAUGGCUGGAUAUAUCUUGUCAUCAUUAAGACACCAGCACGUUCUUUCCCCCCUUUUCCUUUCACAAAGCAUUUCUCUGCCGUAGUUAAUAUAUGUUAAAUGGGCCUCUAAGACACGCCUAUCUAUUCAUCUAAACACAUUUAACACAUCAUACAACUUCCAAAAAACGAAAAAAAAAAGAGAAAAAGUAGCAGGUAUCAGAGUCACAACCAGCAUUGAAUACUCCAGGGACACAGGCAGUCCCAGAGACACUCAAUUCCCAGCUUUUCUUUAAUGUUUGUUGUAAUGCCGAAUCUGGACUUGUAGAAUUACAUAUGUAUAUGCACACACACACACACACACACAAGCUUCGUUUCCUCAAUCUCCAAAUAUAGAAAAUCAUAUAGACCCACGGCACCCU